AUGAUGAACCUACCGCGCCUCAACUCCUUUCUCGCCGGCAUGGAAGGGCUCGACUCGGCCCUGCGUUGUUUUCUCUCGGACGAAAUAGUCACCACUCUUAUGGCCCACAUCUGGGGGCCGACACGCUGGUUUUUAAAGACGGCCAGUGUAGACGAUUUUGCCUUUGAUCAACUCCUUGACGUGUACUACUUGCUAGGUCAGGAGUUUGUGCCCUUUAACGAGUGCGAGGUAUUGUUUCGCGAGUCACCAGAGACCAGACAGUGUCUGGCGAGCUUAUACGACGAUCUCUUACGCUUCGAAGCAGCCGUGGCCCGGUUGUUUGGCCGGUCUUAUGCACCAGUACUCUGUCCAAAGACAAGUCCUGUGGCAAGAUUUCGACGCGCAAGCGCGCGACCGCAUGCAGCGGCAGAGCUCGAGGUGUUACGCUGGGUAGCGGCGUCCCCCGUGACGGAGGCAGUACAUGCCGAGUAUUGUCGCGCCAGGACCAGCGUGCCCGGCGCUGGACGAUGGCUGCUCGGACGCCCAGAGAUUGGCAGGUGGUUGACAGCACCGGACCUUGACAGUCCUGUGAUAUGGCUUCACGGCAAGCCCGGAAUUGGUGAGAUAUUGGCCAGAAAGAACCAUGCUGAAGGUCGAGAAAACGCUAACUGCUCGUCAGGCAAGACUGUGCUCUCCUCGAUGCUCGUAGAGGAAUGCAUCUCUCUGCGGCGGCAGGGGGAGGUUCCGCCAGCCUCACAAGUCCACUUCUUCUACUGCGAGGAAGGAGAUGCCAAUCUCAACACUGCGCUCGGCGUGUUCAGGGGACUUCUCCACCAGCUGCUACUAUCUCGAGAAGAUCUGCUGUCAACAAUGCUGGACGAGGCGCGCAACGGCGGCCAGCUCACAUUGAACACGAGUGAGACGGCUCGAGACCUCGUGGAGCUGUGCCUGGAAAGCCCUUCGCGACGCUACAUCAUCAUUGAUGGUCUUGAUGCGUGUGAACCCUCAGAAGCGAAGCGCGUCGUGAGCCUGUUGACGCACAUGGCCAAGAAGCCCGGGGUGCGUGCCGGGAGGCUGCGCGUGCUUUUCACAAGCCGCUCAUCUACCGAGCUGAAAAGGGUGUUUGACGCAGCCAACAUGUUGGAGAUUGAUCCAGCACAAACCUUCGUGACAUUCACCACUAUAAUACUCAGUGGUGUCAUGCAGCGGGUCGAUCAGGAGUUCCGAGGUGGCAGGGAACGGGCUUCGGCCCUCUUCUCCUGGCUGUCCGGUGCGAAGCGACCAUUGCACUGGCACGAGGUCCGAGGCAUCGCCUGUCGUUCUCAUGAUUCAAUCACGGUCGCUGGUGAUCGCGAACCGUGGGAGGCACUGAUACAGUCAUGCCGACCGUUGUUGCAGGUCCUCCCUGGAACGCGAAUUCAGUUGAUCCAUCAGACUGCCAAAAUGCACAUUGAGAUGCCACGAGCGCAAUGCGAUUUGGCCAUCUUCUGUCUCGAUCACUUGUCGCAGCCUUGGUUCGAUCCUGAUUGCCCUGAAGUCGAUCGUCGGGGCCAUGCUCUCCAGGGACGACUGGCACUCGAAGACUACAUUGUAGCCAACUGGGCCGGCCAUCUCGAAGCUGUCCUUCACGACUGCAAGCAUCUUCUCAAGGACACGCCGUAUGGUUCGGCGUUCGAGCGGGCUCUCGUCAAUUUUUUCCACAUUCAUCACGCUGGUAUAUCGCAAAAUACCGACGCCCCGCCCGUUUUGAGAGCGCACGACAUUCCUGGUAUUGCCUCUCACGCGAAGCUGCUGGCGCUUUACACGCACGUGUAUAACCACAGAAAGAGCGGGCAUCACGAUCCGCGAGUCAGCGUAGUCACAGUCGACGAGGCCUUCAGCAAGAAUCGAAAGGUGCUUGAAGCCCUCGCGUCUACUGUCGGUGGUCGAGGCGCCCUUGCCGUCGCAUACGGCCCGAAGAUGUUCAAGUGUAGUCAACCGGCCUGCGACUUCUUCUCAGAAGGUUUCGAGACGGAAAUCGAGCGUGAUCACCAUCUGAAUCGCCACGAGCGGCCCUUCCCCUGUCCACUGGACGGUUGCACACAGGCGCCGUUUGGCUUCACUACGAAGAAGGACAGGGAACGACACGUCCGCCACUAUCAUCCUGAGAAGAGCGACCAACCUCCCGCGUUUGUACAGCCAACGCGGAGAGUGGAAGACGCCCGAUUCCUGUGUAACAUCUGCGGCAAGAGCUUCACGCGCAAUAUCAACCUCAAGGGCCAUAUGAGAAGCCACUUCGGCGAGAGGCCUUUCGCGUGCUCCAGUUGUGGCAAAGCGUUCACCAGGCUCAAUGAUUGUCGUAGGCACGAGAAGAUACACGUCAAGAAGGCGGAGUAG